AUGGAUGAAAUGUUGGUGACAGUAGCCCAACGAGCCAAGAAGGAGUUGGAAACAAUCUCGAAACGCCAAGUAAUGGAAGAGGGAAGAUGGAAACGUAUAGCACGAUCGAAGCCAGAGUGUCAGUCAUUCGAGUCUAUUAGUAAAGCUAAGGAUCAGUACAGUGUCCUGGUGGAAAUGGACUUGCCAUGCAGUCUACGAGAGAUCAUGAGUGUGUACUCUACGGACAAUUUAGCUGAGUUUCAUCGCAGCAUGGAGGCAAUCUUUGGAGACCAGUACGUCUAUGGCGUCAAUAUUCGCACGGCGGACUGUGCUUCAAUUGUUGAAGAAUGCAACUCGGUUUUGCGGUCGCGCCCACAAGGUCGACGAGCUUCGGCGCCAGCUACUUCGCGUGGAUACGAGGAAAGUAUAUGUACUAAUGUGUCGCCGUUGCGUUCAGCUAAAUUACAUGUAAAUGCUGUAACCCUUAUGCAAAAGCACCACCUGGUGUGGAAGCAGCGAAAUAUGACGUUUAUGGAUUAUUUGGAAGAAAACAUUGAGACGAAAUCAGUCACUCGCGUGAUGCAGACAAUGGAUAUGCAAGAUGAAGACCUGGAGUGUAGUUCGAUAGCAAUGUCGUCCCCGACAGCUGUCUCAAGCAAUCUAGAAUGUCUCUUUCAACAGCAUACUCAGCAUGGGAUCGAUUUACGCCGGGAGCUAAAGGGAAUCCUUGCGGGAUAUAUCAUCCAAGAAGACUCAAAUGAGAAGCUUACACGGGUUUUCUUUCAUGCGACGCACCAUCACCGUCCCUCUAGUUGGCACGGACCGACAAGAAUGCCUCGAUCUGCAGUUCAGCUUUUGCGUGCUAUGGUAAAUAAGGUGUGUCUUCUUGAGACAGUUAUACUGCGUCGUCGUUUGGGUUACUACCCGUUGACUCGUCUGCCUACUUGCUCCGACGUGGCACUCAGAUGUGCAGCAUGCUGCGUCCCUUUUAACAUGCUUCGCAAGAGAUAUGUUUGCAGACUGUGUGGCCACCACACGUGUCGGAAGUGUUCGGACGUGCAGGAAGUUGAAAAAACUGUUGGACAGGUUGAGAAGCAUCGAGUGUGUGCGUCAUGUGUGCGGCGCGUAAGCUACUGCGUGUUCAGUAUGUGUGCUUUCCCGCCUAAGACCGCUUCGAACGUCAGUGAUACCAGUCGGACAUCACCGCGAUCCCCGCAACCAAUUGAAAGAAACGUGGAAGACGAUGAUUUUGACCCGCCGAUUAUGGACGAUCUUGCUUCCAAUGACUUUGAGCACGUGGAAGUUUUUCACUCAAACCAAAACGGAGUCUUUGCCGGUUUCGUAUCCCGUUUGCUUCAUGAUAAAGACAAGAAGCGAGACAUCGAUUCCCAUCGGAAACAGGAUUUCACUGCCCAAGAGAGGCAAAACUUAACUGCUGCUAAACGAAGGCAGCGGCAGCGGCUGCAACUAAAUAUUGAUGAUCUGAACCCAUGGGCUCCAGGACCACCACCUCUCGACGGUCAGAACACGCCAAAGGAGUCAAUAUGUAUCCUCGACAGCUUCGGUAUUUCCGAUCCAUCGACAAGCUCUCGCUUACGCGAGCUACCUUCUUCAUCGCCGACGGAAGCGUGA